CCCACGGGAACAAAUUAGAGCAGCGAGUGGGUGCUGACAAACAUUGAGACACAGACACAGAUCAACCUGGGUAAUUGCGCAUCGCCUUGGUAGAUCAUUCAUUUUUCACUUAUCCCGCGAUACAGUGAGCGAACAAACCGACUUCAGCCCCAGUGCACUCAGGAUCCCUGACACUGGCGUGGAGGUGGGGGUGAAAGCUAAGUCACAAUCUCGAAGAGCUCGGAAGAGCCGCCACAAACAUGAAGACGACGCUGGUUAUCGCCUUCCUCUCCGGCAUGGUGGCCGGUCGGCAACAAAGCCAACCGACGGCAGGCUCCGACUUCAUCGAGGAGCCGGAGGACGCGACUGUUCCUCCCGGGGCCUCCGUGGAGCUGGACUGCGAGCUGGUGGAGGGCGACGUCGGCGACAUCUGCUCCUGGCGCAUCAGUGGCACGCACCUGGGCGUGGACCACUUCUACAACGUGGACCCGCCGGCCAAAGUCCGCGCCCUGUUCCCGGAACACGAGCGCGUGUGCAGCAUCGCCAUCGACAACAUCGACUCGCGGCACGACGGCUUCUGGACGUGCUGGCCACUCGGGCCCUACUCGCACAUCAGCUCCCGGGCAGCCCGCGUCACCGUCACAGGUGAUCCGAUCACCACCACGGAGCCCCCACCAGCGCCAUCUACCACCACGUCAGGGCCAUCUACCGUCAGCUGGUGGACGCUCAAUCCAGCCAGCACCAUCACGCCCGACACAACAACGCCCGAGACAACGACUGCAACUGUAACGACACCUUCGCCCGCACCGACCACCACCCGUCCGCCGUCGCCGGGCUUUGACUGCCCGCAGCCUUACGGCCUGUUCGCCGACCCCGAGAACCCCCGCUACUACUACUACUGCGAGGAGAGCAUGGCCAUCCAUCUGCAAUGCGAGUUCCCGAGCAUGUGGAGUGACUCUGACAAGCGUUGUGCUUGAAGGCGAUAGUUGAGCGAGCAUUGAGACUGCCGUGUGCUUUGUGUGGCUGGCUGUACACUUUGGACUAUAUCGGUUAAUCUGUGGCUAGAAUGUUACUUAUCGAGUCUUACUUAUGGCAAUGACUUGAACUUAAAUACUCUCCAAUAUUCUCAAAUGGAUCAGGCUUAGCCCUAAAGCCAUUUCUUGCGGCAGGCGAAUUUCUACAGACGGCUUUUAUUUGUGCCUUGUAUCAAAAGCUCCG